AUGGCUGUCACUCAGAUAUUUUCUCUCCCCGAUUUUAACGAGGCCAUAACUCAGAAAGGUGUAGUUGUACUGGACUUUUACUCUCCCAUAUGUGCUCCCUGUGAAGUUGUUUCUCCGCUAUACGAAAAGCUCUCUCAAAAGUACCCUGAUGCAAAGUUUUACAAAAUAAAUGGCUACGAGGAACCAGGUUCCUCCAUGCAGGCAUCUAUCAACGUCGUGUGGUGGCCUACAUUUGUAAUCCUCGUUGAUGGACAGGAGCAGUGGAGGGCUAAGAUCCCAAAUCCUCCCCAACAGUUUCCGACCCAGGAGUUGGACGACAACCUCAGCAAGAUUUUCAGUUGA